AACGCCACCUUCAACAAAAUUCUAACCUAUACCUUUCUCCGGAACUCUAUCGUUAGCAAUAAGUUUGUUAUUUAUCGACUACGAAGCGUAGCUGCCGGACACCGCGCCGUAUCGAGAACGUGAAUCUUCAACUUCCUAAUCUGAAUAGUGGAAUCUGUUCCGUCCGACUGCCGUCGCCAGCCCAAGUAUUUGGCUUAGGUACAUUUGCUACGUGCUACAGUACUUCCUAGUACUUCCUUCACUGGGCUUCUGACCCAGUACCUAGUGGCUCCCUGUAAGAAAAAAAAAAAGGACUGCUGUCAACCCUUGACACAAACGCUUCCCUAAUCCUUGCUAGUUAAUUCCCUCCUACAUAUCACUCGAGACUCGAGUCAUUCACACACACACAUACAAGAUCCCGUCCAUCGUUUCACACCGUUCCCAAAGUUGUCAAGCCAGCCGCUGUCAACUCGUACUGGCUCAGCCAGCAAUUAAAUAUGUCCAGCGGACAAACUCAACCCCAGUCUCAGUUUCUGCAGGGAGGCAUUCUCGCAGACCACGACCGCCGAUCUGUGUCGCAAACACAUCCUCUUGACGGAUUACCUACCUCGGGAACACAUACCUUCUUAACAGCUGCUGACGCAUUAAAUCGAAGUCAUGUACAGGAAAACAACAUAGCACAAUCCUAUAAUGGCGAAUCCACACACUCCUCCAACUACCUAUGCGAAGAGCCGAUGAGUUCGAUACUACCAGUCCCCCACGGUCAAAUCCAGUUCCAAUCGCAUACGAUAGCUCCUUCUCCGCCUCUACCACAACGCCAGGUAGACGAACCAAUUUCAUCUCCUGAGGAACCGUCAUACUUCCCAUCACCACUGGGUAGGGGCAGUAAUCCUCUGUAUGUCGCAACUGAUAUACCGCCUGCGUCUCCAGUACGAUCCGACAGCCUUAAUAGCAACCCUAGCACUUUCUCAUCGUACCGCUCAACUUUGAACCUGCAACGAAAGACUUCCUCUCCGAGUCUGAGACCGGUCUCGAGAACUCCUAGCUUCAAGCAACACUACCCGAAAAGCAUUAGCUCUGCGGCAAGUUCAGCCUAUCCAAGUCCUAUGAUAUCUGCUAUGGGCGACGUUACGCCUCUACCAUCGCCAUUGCUAGGUAGUGAGUCUCCCGGUCCUUGGAGGCGAUUUGGAUCCCGCCGCCCGUCGCAAGCACGGGAGGCUUUACCUCCAGUUAUGCCUGAUUCAGUCCUUAUAACCGCAGCCGGUGAAUCUGUUGCAUCCGCACUGGCUCAUCAAACUAAACGGAAGGUAUAUGCAGGACUCAAUGUCGGCCACGCAGCUGAAAUCAGCAGCGGCAAGGUUGAACAUGGCCGGAACAGAAGUAUUAGUGAAUAUAUACCAGACCCGAAGGGCAUACCCAAGCGGCAGCAUACCGUGUCUGGAAAAGUUGACGGGAAUGACAUGGAUGGUACUUCCGACCCUCAUUUACGCCGGGAACCGCAUCUGUCAGCUGCGCGAGGCAUUAUACCAGUAACGAAACCGCCGUCGCCCCCUCCCAGCGAGUCGUCACAAAGCAGUGAUAACGCCAGCUCUAAAAGAUCACGCUACGAGUAUUUUGAGGCUCGUGGUCGAUAUGAUGGCAGACUUAGACGAUGGCGUGCUAUUAAGGAGCUAGGACAGGGAACGUUUAGCCGAGUGAUGUUAGCUACAAGUCAGGUGGCUGCCGACGACGAAGCCAAUGACACGACUCAAAAUGGGACGAAUGGGCUACCAUCCCCGAUAAAUGGUGCCCAACUAGAUCGUAAGACUUUGGUGGCCGUCAAAGUUUGUGAACAUGGGCCUCGGGGUGGGGCCUCAGAAGAUCGAAUUGAGAUGAGCCUCAAACGAGAGCUCGAUAUAAUGCGAUCGAUAAGCCAUCCGUCAUUAGUUCAUUUGAAGGCCUGGAGUAUAGAACCAACAAGGGCAUUGUUAGUAUUAAGUUAUUGCCCUGGGGGCGACCUAUUCGACGUCGCAACGACCUACCGAGAUGCCUUGACGCCCCCACUUUUGAGAAGGAUAUUUGCCGAGAUAGUGGGUGCAGUGGGAUACCUUCACGAACGCCGGAUUGUUCAUCGGGAUAUCAAGCUUGAGAACGUCUUAGUGAAUAUCCCGCCAUCUGAGCUUACAAAACCAGACCAAGAUUGGGCUGUAUAUCCGUAUUCCGUGACUACUCUUACGGAUUUGGGCCUGUCGCGACGCGUGGCCGAUGAUGAGAAGCUCGAGACUCGAUGUGGAUCAGACGACUACGCUGCCCCUGAAGUCAUAUUAGGACAGCCGUAUGAUGGGCGUGCUGUCGACGCCUGGUCACUUGGUGUUUUACUCUACGCUCUUCUCGAAUCACGACUUCCUUUUGAUCCUCCUCCUGGUGCUAGCGAUGCGCAGCGGAUGCGAAGUAGGACUAGUCACAGGAUCGCGCGCGUUGAAUGGAGAUGGAUUAAGUACCAGGGCGACGACGGCGAUCAUGACGCGAGCGAGGCCAAAUUUGAGAGUGAAGGCCUAAAGGGCGCCAUGGAAAUUACUGAAGGUCUUCUUAAGCGAGCUAGAAGUCGCUGGCCAAUGGAGAAAGUGGUCAAGCACGAAUGGGUUCGCGACGCAAUCCAGGUCGAAGGUGGUCUAAAGUUUAGAGAAGAAGAGGAAGGAGAAGAGGUGUCAUGACACUAGCUAGAGUCUGCUAGGCGUACUUUCGCUUAGAAACGCGCAUCAAAAGGUGCAUACGGUUUUCACAAUUUCUUGGGCUCAGUUUUGGGAGGUCUGGCUCACGGCUGGCAAUGCCGUGGCGAAAAAGGACCUUGGGGAGCUUUUUAACUGUU